AAUCCGGACUAUCGGAACAAAUGCCUUAGUUGCGGCAUUCGUUAAUCGGCUCACCUCCCAGGCGGUUCGCAUGGAAGAGCCUGAAUAAGCGUUCAAGAACCGAUAGGGAGCAUUGAGCCCGAGAAACUUUGUCACAGUUGCUGACUACUGGCGGAACGCCGGCAACGUUGUCGUAGUCCUGCUGAAUAAACCAAAGAAUGCUACGUUAAAAGAGACCAUGCAGACUCGAUUGUUCAGCAUUCCCCAACCAUGGCAGAUCUUUUGAAUGUAGCUACGGCGAUGUCGCUUUCUGGACGAGUAGGCCUCGUUACAGGCGGAGGAACGGGAAUAGGAUUUAUGAUUGCUAAAGCCUUCGCUGCGAAUGGUGCGAAAGUAUACAUCACAGGGCGAAGGCUGGAUGUACUAGAGAAAGCUGCAGCGUCAAUCACAGGCGUCCCGGGAUCCAUUGUUCCACUCCAGAUGAAUGUGACAGAUGAAGAAAGCGUCAAGGCUGGCGCAAAGCUCAUUGAGGGAAUCGAUGGCAAGCUCGAUAUCCUCGUUAACAAUGCUGGGUUCGGCACCUCCCUUCGCGAUCCAGAUUUCUCUGCGAAGAAGCUAGCAGCAUCGGAUCCUUUCGAGCCCGAGACGGUACAGAAUUGGUUGGACAUCUUCGCACUCAACACUAUCGCGCCCUUCUUUGUCGUUCGCGCCUUCCAGUCCCUCCUCAUUAAAGGAGCACAUUCCCGCCCUCAAGGAACAUCGAGCGUCAUCAACAUUAGCAGUGUGGGGGCAAUCAUAAACACACCAGUAAAGAUGGGCUGCUUAGCAUACGGCCCGACGAAAGCAGCUUUGGAAAAGCUCACCCACGUUCUGGGAACGAGUUUUGCUGGGAGAGGUAUCCCGAUCCGGGUAAAUGCGCUUGAGCCCGGCUUGUUUCCGUCGGAGAUAGCUACUCGUGAAGUAGUGAAAAUGAUGAACUUUGCAGAGCCAUUGCCUGGGUUUGGGGCUCCCAUACCCGCGAGGAGACCAGGAACUGAUGCGGAGAUGGGAAUGGCGGCGAUCUACUUGGCAGUAUCUGACUAUACGAACGGGGCGAUUUCGAGUGUUGAUGGUGGAGUAGCAUUGGUUAAUCCUUGAAGGGUUGAUCUUUUAAUGAAAUCAAGUGACUGCCUUCCCCGGGGAAGCAUGCCGCUGUCGUUGUGAGAUCACAUUGUACACACUCUCCCAUGAACGCCGGGAUCGGAUGUCGACUAUUCUUCCUUCGAUAUCGCUCGACUGGACUGAUGUCUAAAAAUGAACAUCGCUUAUGCGGCAGUUGAUUUAUGGGUGUAGGCCAAACCGGACCUAACUAGGAUCUAACUAUGUACAAACAAGUCCUAGACUAAUUCGGAAGUCGGAGUUUGAAUUAAUUAAUUCCCUGUAUGAGCGUUGAGGCAGCUUACGCAGUUGUGCCUUGCCUUCAUCUCUUCAGCUUGGCGGGGGUAUCUGUAGAAGUGCAUAAUGUAUUUAUGAAUGUCUGAG